CCGAUCUGUGUUUCCCAGAUGAAGAAACGGAAACUUGAAAGAAUGGGUCGCCAAAUAUGGAAUGAGUUGCGAGUUUGCACCCACCUCUCCAACCACUGAACUGUCCUGCCUGCCCUCAUGGGUGGGGCCCCGCGAGUCUCCAGGGAACAACAGAGGCUUUGGCAACACAAACCACCCCACCGUGUUGCAGCAACAGUCCAGUAGUUGAGGCGGCACUGGGCUUGGGGCAGCCCAGAGUCCCUGUCACCUAUGGAGCAUGUUGCAGCCCCAGGCUCCAGACCAGGGGUCCCACGUCGGGCCACAGAGAAUGUUCUGCCAGGGGCUGAGGCCUGGCUGCCAGGAAUCCCUGGCAGUGCCCCAACCUGGGCCACCAACCCUGAGACAGAGCUUCCCUCAGAUCUAGAGCUGAGUGAGGAGCAGCAGCUGCAGGUGAGUGUGGGGGCCCUUGGGUGCUGGCAGGAGGGAGGGCAUCCCCAGGGUCCCACAGGCACCAUAUCUCAUCCUGGCCACCCACAGGUCUGCAAGGAGCUGGUCGACCUGCAGACCAAAACCCUUCGCCUGAAGGAGCAACAUGAGGCUGAAGUCUUCGAGCUGAAGAAUGAGGUCCUGUGGCUGGAGAGCCGGGUACUGGAGCUAGAGCUGCGUGGAGAGCGGGCAGCCCAAGCAGAGGCUGAUCCGGGGCACCGCCAGGCACUGGCACAGGACCUCAGGCACAAGGCCUGGCGUCAGGGACACUCCGACCACCGCAGACUCCAGGCACAGCCCAAGGACUUCUUGAUCCCUGAUAACGAGCAGCAGAAGCUGGGGGAUGGUCUGCAGGGAGAAGUACAGCAGGCGCCGGAGCAGCACAGGGCUCAGCAGCAGGCACUGGAGACGCGUGUGGCAGCCCUGGGCCGGCAGCUGCAGGGAGCCCGAGAGGAGGCCAGGACAGCUGGGCAGCGACUGGCUGCACAAGCCAUGGUGUUGUCUGCCUGCCGGGGCCAGCUCCACCAGGCUGAGGCAGAGAACGCCCAGCUGCAGCUGCAACUCAAGAAGCUGAACAAGGAGUACGCUAUCCGACUGCAGCACUGCGCCCAAGCUGCAGCUGGGUAUGCAGAUGGUGCAGGCCGGAAGCCUGAAGCUGCAGCCCUUUGGUCAUUCCUGGAGACCACUCUGGAGGACAUUCGGGGGGCACAUCACAGCCGUGAGCAACAACUGGCCCAGGCUGCUCGUGCCUACCGCAAGCGCCUGGCAGAUCUGAGCCGGAGGCAUGAGGAGCUGCUGGCUGUCCACAGGUGGGCCCCUCCCUGAGCUGGGCACCUGGGCCACCUCAGAUAUGGAGCCACUACCCCUGCACAAGGUCACCAGAUUCGGCCAUCUGAGGGAGGACCAGGCUAGGCUGGAGAAGCAGCUCCAGACCCAGGUUACCCCUCGCUGCUGCCCCACAACUCGCCCCAAGACCCAUCCCAGCCUCAGCAAAGCCCCAAUCCCAGGGCCUCUGAGCAGCCUGCCUCAUUCAGCAACCGAAAAUCCCUACCACGCAGCCUGUACAACCCAGCAGACUUACAGCGCUGCUCUUUCCCACAGCAGGGAUCCAGUGAAGCCCCCCAGAGGGGCACAUUACAGCCACAGUGAGUACCUGGUGUGGGUCCUGGGGGGGACCCGUUCAUUUAUCCUGUAAACUAAAUGCUGGGAGGGUUCUGGUUGCUGCAGUGAACAAGGUGUCCCAUCUAUGCUCUCCAGUUUUCAGUCUACUUAGGAGACACUGAUGAUCGCAGAAAAACGAAGUGCCUGGAGUGAGGAGGGGCCUUGAUUAGAGAGGAGCUUACCUUGAAUGGGAAGGUCAGGGAGAGGCCUGGGGAAAGGACAUUCCAGCUGAGACUCGGAGGACCCAUAGCUGAAGCCCUGUGGGGCAUGGGCAAUAGAAGUCCUGGCCUCAGGACAAGGCAGGAGCAGGCUGCCUGGUGACCUUCACAGCCUUUGCCUCUGGGCCUUCAUGUUCCCAACUGUGCAAUGGGCAGAAGCUGGGGCAAGUCCCCCUCCCAGGGUUUUGGGAAACAAACCCGCA